CAGAAUGCUACAGCUACCGCUGUUUAUUGCGUUUAUUUUUUGGUUUUGGCAGCUAAUGUUCUGGUUUUUGUAUUCACAGCUUCACGUAAACAGUGAACUGCUGAUACUUUACUUGUGAUCGGUUCUGGUACUUACCUUGCUAUUCUAACUUCGAACCGAACCUUUUUGAUCUGGAGAGGAUUUGGGAUGUUUCGAGACUAUCUUUAAUUCCACAUCGUGAUUUGCAAAUUGCACCGCGGAGUGCCUUACAACAUGUUGUCUUUACGUGUGGCAAAGUCCUUUGGAUUUCUUCCAUUUGAAAAUUCCGUACGAUGCUUCAGAGUUGUAUUUCCUUCCCUCCAACAUCAGCAAGUCGUGCAACCUAUGCCGGUAUCAACAGAAGCAUCCGGUGCAGAAAAUCGUAUGCCUUUUGAUCCACAAGAACCCACUCGAAGUCCCACUGUGGUCCAGAGAAUCACUGCCAAACGCACUACUCUGCAAAAUCCAGCAGAUCACACACGUGAUCAUGAAGCCUUUUACUAUACCGUUCCCAAUGAUCACUAUGACAAAUACUUCGGGUUUCGCACUCUGCCCUCGCUCUUUCGGGACAACGUGAAGAGUUUCCAGGAAUGUGCACUGAUGAUUCGCGAACCCGGACUGGAAGUGAUCGAGUGCGUGAAACGCUCCAAUCCGGCCUUUCCACCAGUGCGCUACUGUUUGUUUGGACGCGAUGGUGUGGGGAAAACGAUGACACUGGCGUAUCUGUUGCAUUUUUUUCUCUCCAACAGAUGGCUGGUGUUUCACAUGCCGCGCCUAGUCUACUGGAGUCGCCGCUACAAAGAAGUUCAGGAAAACACCUUUAAACCCGGACGCAUCGAUCUGCCGGUGGACAGUAUGGAAUGGCUGCAGCAUUUUCUCUCACAGAACGGCGAUCUCUUGAAGGGGUCAGCGGAGUCCUCCAACAAAAUCCUCACCCACCAAAAGUAUAUUUUUUCUAAACGCGAGGAAACACCCGAAGGCGCCCCGCUGCUGGAUGUUGUGGAAUUAGGAAUAAAACGUGCCAAAUACGCUAAUGACUGUAUUGGAAUCAUUGUUAAAGAGAUGAAGCUGAACGCAAUGGAUAAUCGAGUUAAAGUGGCGGUGGUGGUGGACUCGGUCAAUGCGUUGUGGGGACCGACCAAAAUUCCGCGCGUCGACCGCACCACGGUUCCGCCUGAGUCCUUGUCGCUGUUCACGCAUAUUAAGAAUGCCAUAAAGAACGACUGGCAUAAUGCUGCCAUUGUGACGACCGUAGACAGGGUAUCCAUGGUGGAUGAGCCGGCCUUAAAGGAUGUUUCCGGGAAUAUCUUUCCACGCUAUUUACUGAAAAAAGACGGCUGGGAAGCCAUGGAUCCCUUUGUACCGGUUUCUAUAACGGAUUACAAUGAUAAGGAAUUCACGAACGCCAUGGAUUAUUAUUUGGAACAGCGAUGGUUUUCGGAUGAACGAGUGGCGACGCAGAAAGGACGGGAUGAACUGAAAUUUGUCACUAAUAAAAAUCCAAAAACAUUGGAUUUGUUGGCUACUCGAAUGUAAGUGGAAGCUCGUUGAAUUUGGUUGUGUCUCAGUAUUCAUGCAACCUGUAAGAAAUGAAUUAAAAUGUGAGAAAGCUGUGAUAAUCUUUCGUUGUCCAUUUAAUUCACGUGAGUUGUUC